AUGGAGAAGGCCUUGGCGUUGGCACAACAACAAGUGAUUACGGAAGCAAGCUGCAAGGUAUGUGCUGAAAUCGAGAAAAAGCUUGAUGAUUUACAUGAAAAACAUGAAGCCUAUUGGUAUUUGAGAUCCCGUGUAGCGGAAGUAAAGGAUGGAGAUAAAAAUACUCAAUACUUUCAUCAUAAAGCUUCUCAGAGGAAAAAAACGGAAUUAUAUCAAAGGGCUUCAAAAUGCAGAUGGUAUCUGUACAUUGACCCUGUUAUCUCUGAUGACUGCAAUCAUACUUUGAUGAGACCAUAUACCAAAGAUGAGAUUUUUGCAGCUUUAUCUCAGAUGCAUCCGUGCAAGGCAGCAGGGCCUGACGGUAUGCACGCGAUAUUUUAUCAGCACUUUUGGCCAAUCAUUGGCGACGCGGUGUCGGAUUAUGUCUGCAACAUUCUUCAUGGAUAUCUCUUCCCUGCUGAGCUUAACUACACCAAUAUAGCUCUCAUUCCGAAGGUAAAGGAGCCGAAAACUGCUGCUGAAUUCAGACCCAUUGCUCUCUAUAAUGUGUUAUAUAAAUUGGUUUCCAAGGUUAUUGUCAUGCGACUCAAAGAAUUCCUUCCCUCCAUUGUCACUGAGAAUCAAAGUGCGUUUGUGCCGGGACGUUUGAUAACUGAUUACGCUCUCAUUGCUAUGGAACUUUUUCACUUAAUGAAACACCGAAAUCGGAGUCGAAAGGGCACUAUGGCGCUAAAACUAGAUAUGAGUAAAGCUUACGAUAUAGUUGAAUGGGGUUUUCUCAGAAAGAUGUUACUCACGAUGGGUUUUGAUGGUAGAUGGAAAAUUAAUUAUGAAAAGUCGGAGGUCUCUUUCAGUAAAGGGGUUGAUGUUGCGCAGAAAGAUGCUCUUAUGGGAAUUUUGGGAAUGCGUCAGGUCGACAAGCAUGAAAAAUAUCUUGGUAUCCCUUCUAUUACAGGAAGAUCAAAGAAAAUCCUUUUUGAUUCCCUUCUUAAUAGAAUUUGGAAGAAACUCCAAGGUUGGAAGGAGAAACUUCUAUCACGAGCAGGUAAGGAGGUGUUACUGAAAGCUGUUAUUCAAGCCAUCCCUACAUAUCUUAUGGGAGUCUACAAGUUUCUGGUGACGAUUAUCCAGAAAAUACAAGCGGCAAUGGCGAGAUUUUGGUGGGGAAGUUCGGAUGCAAAAAGAAAGAUCCAUUGGAAAAAUUGGGAGGCGAUGUGUUCUCUGAAAUGUCUUGGAGGCAUGGGCUUUAAGGAUCUUGCGGUCUUUAAUGAUGCUCUGCUUGGACGACAGGCCUGGCGCCUUAUCAAUGUCCCUCAUUCUCUCUUGAGUCGGGUCAUGAAGGCCAAGUAUUUUCCCUCUUGUGAUUUCAUUGAUGCUUCUCUUAGCUACUCUGGUAGUUAUUCUUGGCGCAGCAUUUGGAGCGCAAAAGCUUUGGUUAAAGAAGGGUUGAUCUGGAGAGUUGGUAAUGGAGUGGACAUUAACAUUUGGGAGGCCCCAUGGUUGAGUGACGAGCACAGCAAAUAUGUUAGUUCUCCUAGGAGGAAUGACAUCACAAUGGUUAAUCAACUCAUUGAUGCGCAUAACAAGGAAUGGCGCCUUGAUGUUAUUGACGAAGUGUUUAAUGCACGUGACAAGCAAUGUAUACUCGCAAUCCCCUUAAGUCCUUCCUCCCCCAGCGAUGUGUUAUCGUGGAGCCUAACAAAAGACGGGGUAUAUUCUGUGAAAACUGCCUAUAUACUUGGUAAGGGGUGUAAUUUUGACAAUUUUCAUAACGCUUGGGUCGAAAUAUGGAGCCUUGAGGUGAGUCCCAAAGCACUUCAUUUCCUGUGGAAAUUAUGCACUGAUAUCCUGUCGACUCGUGCGCUGCUGUUUCACCGCCAUCUCAUUACGAUGGAGGAGUGUCUGUGGGACUGUGGUGAACGUGAGUCAUCCCACCAUGCUAUCUUCCAUUGCCCACGAUCUGAUGAAGUUUGGAGAGAGAGUGGAUGCUCUAUUAUGCGCGACGACAGUGGCUGCGCUGCCAUGUGUGAGCUGGUUGCAAAAUGGAAGACGUUGGAUAAGAAGAUGCGGAUUAAAGAAUAUGGAAAAUAUGCGAAGCAUAUUUACCAUCGUGAUAGAGUUGUUGAGCCCAGUGCCCGAUAUUGGAGGCCUCCGCCAGCUUCCAGUUUCAAGAUCAACGUGGAUGCCUAUCUGGCAGUUGCGGGAUGGGUUGGUCUUGGGGUAAUUGCGCGAGAUCAUGUAGACGUUGUAUGGUUUGCAGCUUCGCGACGAGUUCGAGCCUUCUGGUCACCUGAGAUCGCAGAAGCCAAGGCAAUUGAAAUGGGGGUGCGACUUGGACAACGGUUUGGGUUGGAAAAUGUGGUAGUUGAAUCUGAUUGUCAGACAGUCAUCAAUCGCCUUCGGAAGACCUCCUUUUUUCACUCAGAUUUAGACAACAUUUUGUCGAGCAUUUUCUCGUCUAGCAUUUGUUUUAAUUCUUUAGUCUGGUCUCAUGUAAAACGAGAUGGCAAUUUUGUCGCUCAUCAUUUAGCUAAGCUAGUCCCAUUUGGUGUGGAGCAGAUUCGAGAGAACCACUUUCCUCGUGAAGUGGCUCCUUAUAUUCUCAUGGACAAUUUGUCCCUUGAUUAA